AAUGGAAGAACAGGCUACGGAGCAACCAACGCAGCCUGUUGUGCAGGAAGCACAACAGCGCGACUGGAUGACUGUCGUAUCUGAAUCUGAACGUGAAGGCUGGCUGACCACCUGCAGCAUGUGUGGGACCAAGGAUGACGCCAUUGUCACCCCGUCGAUGACAAUGACGUCGGAUGGCCUAAUGACAUACGACGUUGAAUCAGCUGAGGGUGACGUCACGCAUGUCGUCUGCAAACCUAAGCCGUACUCGGAUAAAGAAACAUACGCGAGGUUGGACGCGCACGCCGUAAACGCAAACCAGUCUCUGAAUCGUGACUUCCAAGCAUUGAUGGCGUAUCUACUGCAACCUGCCAAGACCGACCUGGAGAAGGCACGAGUCCUGUUUCGCUGGAUCACGGCACAGAGUCUGGUCAAAAUGGAGUUCAAGGAUAUACCAGAGAAGGAAACACCGGAGUGGUAUUUAAGAGAGAUCAAAAUGGACAGGCUGUCACAAGACUCACUUCUGGCUAAGAUGUGCAGAUUGGCGGGCCUACAACACCAGAUAGUCCGCGGUUAUGCAAAAGCGGUAAAAUGUUACCCCGGAACGAAGUUGGUGGGUUCAGAAGGUAGAGGAUUCUGGCUGAGGGUCCUCAUCAACGGUUGCUGGGGCCUCAUAGAUGCAGGAUGGGGAUCACAUCACGUCAAAGACGACCUGGAGAAGAGCGCAAAGGAGUUAGAUCAGGUGUACGCAUUUAACGAGUUUUACUUCUUACCCAACCCGCGGCACUUCCUCAGCGCACAUCUCCCAGAUGACGACAGACAUCAAUUCCUUUCAACUCUUGCUCCCUUCGAUGACUUCGAGCCACAUGUCCAGUGCUGGCCACACUUCUUUGUUCAUCACCUGAAAAUAUUGAGUCAUCAUCACGGGUUGGUUCCUACCGAGAAUGGCAAGGCGGUGAUCUACAUCGGCUUCAAACCAGAAGACUACAGCACCAUCAAGUUUUCUUCUCAUUUACAGACCAAGAAUUCGCAGUCCACGUGGAAGAAUAUCAAACUUGACCGAUUCAUUCAACAAGACAGAAAGAAAGACGCAGUGGUCUUUGCAGUCAAGCCUCCAGAGAAUGGAAGAUAUCUGUUUGAUAUCUUCGUCGGCAUGGAAGGAAACAAAAUGCAUUAUGCCUGCAGAUACGCGAUAGAAUGUGAUGACGCCAUACCGGAAAGUGAAAACGCGCCACUUCCAGAGUGGCAAGGCACAUGGGGACCGGGCAACACCAUUCUAAACAAAGGCCUCAUUCCGAUAUCGCAUCCAUGUCCUCGUGUCGAGUGCCCUGGGGGUCAAGCGGCCAUCCAGUUCAGCUUGCCUGAACAGCUGGAGUUCGUCACAACCCUGUUCGAAACAACCAUUGAAGAGAAACACUUGGAGCGGUACGUCGCCCACGAGGUCGUAGAUGGAGUGGCCAGGAUCAACGUCAUCAAUCCGUUAACAGGCAACUUAGGAUUGGCGAUAUACGCAAAGCGUCAAGAAGACGAAUGGGAUAAGUGCCAGCAUCUCUGCACAUAUCUAGUGUCCACAGACAGUCCUAUUGACGAAGUACCCUUCCCAAGUGUUGCCAAUGGCAGGUUUGGACCUUGCCUCCCUCACUUUUCACAGAUGGGUCUGUCCACAAGGAGCCACGCUAGCGCAUUCAUCGAGUGUGACGAUGGUGAGCUACACAUUAGGAUGGCCACCAACAGAAUGCUCAGUGUAUCGCAGCACCUGAUAUGGGAGGCGCUUGAAGAAGAAGUCAACAUGGACAACUACUGUUACAGUGAGGUCCGAGACGGCGAGGUGUAUUUCUGGCUCCAUCUUCCGAAGAUAGGCAAAUACAAACUGACCUUGUAUGCGGAAGAGGCUAGUAGCCACAAGGGCACCCUGAGAAACGUGUACAACUACUGUAUCAACUGCACGGGAACAAAGGAGCAGGUUAAGCCAUUUCCACCAAUUCAAGGAAAUCGUUGGGGAAGACUGUUUCCUAAGUGUUCAGAGCUCGGCUUGACACCAACAAGUCACCCGGCAGGUUUCGUCGAUGCAGAGGAAGAACUCGAGGUUGUACUUGAUUCCACAAAGCAGUUGGAGUUUGUCCAUAAGCUAAAGCGCUGGACAGCAGAAGGAGAGGACGAAGACCUGGCUGUGUUUUGCUGUCACAAGGUACUCAACAAGGGAAAGACAACGUCAGUGCUUGUACGGUUCCCUCAAGAAGGAUUUUACGUCCUACAACUAUACGCCAAAGAAACGGAGAAAGUCUACGCCUACAGUAACGUGGUGAAUUACUUGAUUUCUUGCAAGAAGUCAGCAGCAGGCUGUGUGGGAUUUCCAGAUAUGUGUAACAAAAGAUGGGGACCGCUAUAUCCCCACUUUUCUUCCAUGGGUUUGAGCCUUGCAAGUCACACAGAUCCAAUGAUUUACUCAAGAACCGGAGCGCUGCAGAUUUCUCUCAACAGGUCCAAACCACUUCAGUUCCUGGUCCGACUGUACCACUGUGAGAACGGCAAGCAGACCGACCUCCCAAACAAUGUCUUCAUCCAUGACGACCGUGGCGAAGAGGGGAAGAUGACGGCCAGCGUUCUUAUGCCACACACUGGUGACUACAAUCUGCAAAUAUUUGUUAAAGAGGCAGAGGACAAGAAUUCCUACCUAAUGGCGAUGAGCUAUCUCAUACACUGCUCAAACGCAGUGCAGGGCUCCCCCGAGUUUCCAAAGUCGUUUUCGAACUGGGGACCGGGUUGUCAAUUGUAUGAGCCGCAGAGGAAGAUCCUACCGGUUGGAAAAGAAACGCAUUUCAAGGUCACAAUCCCAGAUGUCGGUGAUGUUGCUGUAAUAUCACCAGAUGAUAACUGGUCACACCUGACGAAACAAAAGGAUGAUACAUGGGACGGCGACGUUACAAUCCCUGGAGAAGACUUCAUUGGAAAAGAUAUAAUAUUAUCCACGAAGGCCAAGGACGACGGGGGAAACAGCUACCAAGCAACUCUGCAGUACUUAGUAGGGAAAGAUUCGUCUCCUGUGCCUAUCACAUGGGAAGGCAAUGAGGAUAGAAAUUCGCAGCCAGCAGAGCCUAAUAAUGGAAAAACAUCUCCAUGCGAGGAGACGAAUGCCCCAAGCAUCAAACAGGCAGCCGGAGAGGAAGAAUGA